AUGUCUCACCCUUGCACAUCAUGCCAAUCAGUUCCCAACGACGAUGGCGACUCAUACGUUGAUCGCUGGGCAGAUUCGUUCGAGCGUGUAGAAGAGUGGUACGGUAAUCGACCCGCCCAGAUGAAAUCUAUAUUCAGCGUUGCUGCUUCUGAGCGCGAAGGACUGGAUCGAGCUUUUCCAAUUGCGUUAUAUGGGAAUGGGGCUGCUAUAUCCGGGAACCAGAUGUAUCAUGUAGCAGCCUUAUUGUUGCUUCAGCGAAAGCCAAAGACAUUGACAUUGAGCAAGAGGCCAAGAUCGGUUCUUUGGCAUGCUCGACAAAUAUAUGCAAUAUCCGCAUCCAACGGUCAUCAUGGCUGUUGGACUAAUGCACUUCAACCUUUGUGGAUAGCUGGCAAGGCGAUGUCUCACUACUCCGAACACACUGCCAUUGUGGAAACUUUGGUCAAAAUCGAACGUGAGACUGGUUGGGCUACUGCUUGGCGUGUUGAAGAUCUUAAAGAAUUUUGGGGUGAAUACGAUAAUGACGAAGACAGUGAUGUCGACAUGGAUUAA